GAUCGGUCUUGAUUGGCCGCCGACGACACAUUUGCGAUACACAGUUGAAUACAAAAGAUUCAAAUGGACGUGAAAUAUAAGCAUCGUUGAAACAGCGUGCUGUGCGAGAGGGACCGUUCAGUCAAUGUGAUGUGAGACACGAUUGGAAGCUCUUGUGGAAGCCGAAGCGUCGUCUCGGCAGAGCGUGAUAUAAAAGAUGAGCAUCACCGGGAAACGGCUGUACAACAAGCUUCGCGGACUGCGUCCGGAUCUGUCGUCGGGCACCACGUCCGAGAUUUUGAGCAAAAUAUGCGACGACCCGAGCACGCAGCCCUUCCUGGAGUGGUUCUGCAAGAACGUGAGCAGCGCCAAUAUUCUCACCUACGAGGAGAUAAAAUUAAAAAAUAUGUUGGAAGAUGCGGGCGAGAUGUUAGAGGGCGAGGCGUUGGACGCCGCGUUGAAGGAGGCCACCAGAGAUUGCCCGGACUUGUUGCAGCUCGUCGACCCGGACGAUACGCGUCGAGAGGAUCUAUUUGUGGAAUACGAAGCGUUGAAGGAGAGCUGCAAGGAGGAUGAGGAGUAUCUACAGUCGUUGAAGAACAGUAUGAGAACUCUGAGAGAAAUCGAGAACAAGCUGGACGACGACACCGAAGAGGCGGAAACUAUGCUGAACAAAGAGCAGAUUGAGACGGAAAAGGCGUACGACGAUUGCAGUGUCAUUCUGAAGGAAUUUGAUAAGGACAAUUGUCAGUUUUCCAAGGAUAUCGAGAGUCUGCUGAAUGUGUACGCCAAUGCCGCUAAGAAUCAAGGCAGCGCGGUGUUGUGGUCGCAAAUGCUCACCGACUUGUUUAUUAAACAGAUAGAACUGUACAAUCAUUAUCUGGGUAUUCAUAUAAAGAAGCAGUUUGGAACUAAUGCUAACAAGGGAGAGCAAGAAGAGGAUUCAGAUUAUGGAUCUCUAAUAAAUGAUAGCAGGGACAAGCAGAUGGACGAAAGGAUGCAAGAGUUAUAUUUGUGUAAGACAAAUUUAACCAACUCUAAAUUCGAAGAGAUCAAUGCUAGCGUUCAAGAGGAAUCUUGCGUGGCGAUGUUACAGUGCGCACAGGACAUCUACAACGGCGGAAUUUUAAAAGUGCCCGAGGAUAGUAAAUUGCACGACGAGAUACAAAUGUUGACCAUGAAACGGGAUAUCUUGGAGCAGAACGUCGAGCUUUUGCGGGAUCAGCAGUUACCGGCGAUAGUGCAAUACGCGGAAAUGGAGACGAUAAAGAUCCUGAAGAACGACGCACUCGCCCGUCUCGAGCGGAGGAAAGCCCGCCUCGAGAAGCUCAAGAAUUUACAUUCUCUCGCGGGGGAGCACGGACACGUUCACGUGGACCUGCUGUGUAUGUUAAUGGAAAUGCAAUUUCGCUGCCUGCGCGAGGUUGCCGAAUUCAUCGCCGACGCUCGUCAUUACAUUGUCACGGAAUACAAGCUCUCUUCGGCGAGAUGCGAAGUGAUGCAGCAGGAACAGGACGAAUAUGCGAGCCUCGUAACGCAAUCUUCAAAAGCGUACAACGCGUUUAAACGAAUAUUCAUAUCCAUGAUGCUCGGUGACGAUGUCCCGGACGAUGUCUCGCUCUCUACCGCGUUGAAAAGAUACGAUGAUUUAUUAGCCGACAACGCGGAGAAGAAGAAAUCGAUAUUGCAAACAUAUCUGACUAAUAACAUCGACAAGUUACAGAAGUUGGAGAAUGAAAUUAACAAGGAUUACACGGCCGAGACGCAAAAUGGACCGACGAUCAGCCUCAAGCCGAUCUCAUUUGAAAUAAGCUCCAAGUGCGAGGAAAUAUCCGCGAGCGUUCAAGAAGUGCAAAAAGAUAUAACAAAGAUCAGGAGUCGGUUCAAGGAACGAAUGAGGAUGGACGCCAAUCUGGAACGCGAGAAGGACAUUUUGUGGCAGAGAUUCUUGGCAGAACCCGAUACGUUAAGAAUGGGAUACGAGGAAGCGAAACGAAAAGCGAACGAGUCUCACUUCGGAGAGGACGGCGUAGAAAGUAAACCGAGUCAGUAAAUUGACGAAUUUACAAAAUCAAUGUUGUACAGGAAGAAGACACCGCAGUAGCACAGACUUCGAGGCUAUAAAAUUUGUACCGAGCACGUGCGAGUAGAGAGAGAGAGAGAGAGUGUGUGUGAAGGGAAGAGGAGAGGAAGAGUACACACGAGUAUCGAAGAUACUCCUCAAGCUGUUAAACAAGGACAAUCAGAUCCUGGGCCCCCAGGAUUACAUACACAGUUCCACUUCGAGUGAGUAAACUGCGAUGUUCGCAGCCGAUUCAACGAUUAAUUAUAUAUAUUAACGAUGCCUUUGCAUUGCGUGGCGGAAGUAUUAGGGGCACAAUGCGCCACGGAGAGGAGGACAUACAAGAGACACGGUGAUCUCAUUUAUUUUUUCAUGAUGCGCGCAACGAGCGGGCCACGGGCCCGCCGAUCGAUGCGAGGCGAGAUCAUUGAUAGUUUAGCGUAUAUAGGCUCGGUUUAGUUCCCGACAGCUGCGUCCUUAAUCCUAAAGGGUACAAGAUACUGUCUGUCCGUUCGGCGAAAAGCGGAAGCAAGCGAGUGGGGGGAGUGUUACUGUUGGCUAGGAGAGGGAGGUCGGCGGAAGCUUUACACGAAGACGCUCACGUCCGCGAGGAGCGUGUCGUGAGAAUCGGACUGACAAUUCGUUGUACAAACGGAGGUUUCCGUCGCCCAGGCUGAGUAUGGGCGAUUUUGUCUCAUUUAUGAAAUUGUAUAUCGAGGAAGGAGCGAUUUUUUUGAAAAUUAGCGAAAGACUGCGUUGCGAGGUGAAGGAGAAAUCUCUACGGGAUUCCGAUUCGUUGUAUCGUUUAGGAUAAAACGCGCUGGAGUAUUAACGAAGAGACGUGUAAGAAUGUCAAAGAUUUAGAUAAUGUCCACGUUGCGGGGAAUCUCCGCGGGAGGGAAAUGAAAAAAAAAAGAGAUGGUCGGAGGGAGGAACCGCGACCGCGCGUUAACGUGGAUCUGUAUAAUAAUACAUUUAGCUUUAUAUCCCUUUCUCUGUGCAUGUUUUAGUGCAUAGUUACUUAUCGCUAUCGAUCGCUAGAGGAGAGACACGCUGUGUGUUGUUGUGUAAACAUACAUUGUAUCCGCACGUACAAGAUAUACGCGUGCGUUGCACGAGUUCGCGCGGCGAGAUGCUGCUCCAUCGUCGCGUGAUUCAUUUCAUCGCGGGUUUAAAGAUAAGGGAGGGAGGAGCGAGAGAGAGAGAGAGAGAUAUCCGUAAUACGAGAAUCCCUACGAGGCAGCAGUGACGUCACGGGUUGACAUAAUUACAAAGAGGACUAUUACUCCUCGCGAUAAUAUCGCCGUGAUGACGCGCGGUGCCGCUUAUUACUAAUUUCUCAUCGCGCGAGGUUUCUAUUCCGAAAUCUCGCAAUCAACUCGAGGAAGGAGCCCUCGAUUAUUCCCGGGAGCGCGCGCGAGUGACGUCACGGCUGCAGCGUCCGGGAUUUUAUUGUACACGUGGCGUAAAACGCGGUCGCGGCGGCACACAUACACACACAAACACACGAAUGACGCAAUAAAACGACACACUUGUAUGUAUAGCGCGACACCCGUAGGAUUCGAAGAAACGAGGGAUCGUUUCGUGGCUUCGGGGGGGUCGGUCUCGCGACGACGGUUUUUGCCGCCUUAUCCGACUAAUUAGAUAAGCUAGCAAUUAGUUACCGCGCGUACCUAUAUUGCGAGCGGAGCGAACGAAUUGCGUCAGGAUUCCACUGUUCCGGACGGGGAUGCCUGUGUGCGUGCGUGCGUGAGCAGUGUGAGUGCGUGCGUGAGCAACGUGAGUGCGAGCGAGAGCGUGCGUGGGAAGAGCGUUGCGUUAGUCACUUCGUUCUCUUUUUCCUCUCUUUUUUUUUUCUACAUGAGUGAGCGCAAUCCUUCGUUCUUUUCUAUAAGUUUUCGUCGUUAAAGAACCGUGCAUUAUGGAAACUAUAUCUCGUUGUGAUCGCGCCGGGCUCGCACGUCCGGCAAGUCUUAAUUAAAUGAAAAAAAUAAAUAAAGUUCAAAGUUUCGAUGCAGA